AUGAUAAUCAGUUGUGUUGGAAUAUUCAUACUUGGAAUACUUUUCGAAGCAAUCAAAUGGUUGAAAACAAAAAUCAGCUUGUCUUCGCCGAUUAAUUCAUACGACACAACAAUUAUUGCAAAAGCGAAAUCAGCGCGGCGACAAGUGCUAGAAACAAUUUUGUUUGCAAUACAACUUAUCAUCGGCUACGUACUUAUGCUAAUUUUUAUGAGCUAUUCAAUUUGGUUUGAAGCAGCAGUCGUCCUGGGAGUUACAACUGGAUUUUUUAUUUUCAGCUUAAGUUUAUAG